AUGCAGACUGCUUCUACAAACAUUUGUGAAAGACUGUGCAAUAAGUCCAUCCAUAAAGUUUCUUUGCUACUAAAUAUUCCACGGUCAACUGUUAGUGGUAUUAUAACAAAGUGGAAGCAACUGGGAACAGCAGUAAACUCAGUCACGAAGUGGUAGGCCACGUAAAAUGACAGAGCGGGGUCAGCGCAUAGUGUGCAGAAGUCGCCAACUGUCUGCAGAAUCAAUAGCUAAAGACCUCCAAACUUCAUAUUGCCGUCAAAUUAGCACAACAACAGUGCGUAGAGAGCUUCUUGGAAUGAGUUUCCAUGGCCGAGCAGCUGCAUCCAAG